GUCUGUUGCUAAGUUCACUUUUGACACAGUGAAUAACACCUUUGAAAGCAUGACACUCUCAUUUGAACCUGCAAUGAGGGGUUGGCGAAAAGCAUGCAGGGGAGUUAUAGGGCUUGAUGCCUGCCAUCUAACAGGGGAAUAUGGGGGAGUAUUGAUGGCUGCAACUGCACUUGAUGGACAGAAUGGGUUAGUAAUGUUAGGAAUUAUGGUAUGCAGAGCUGAAACAAAGGAAAAUUGGAUCAUUUUUUUGAAGCAUUUGAAGGAUGCAAUAUUAGCACAUCCAGUGAAAGUGGCUUUCAUUUCAGAUAGGCAAAAAGGUUUAUUGGAAGCUGUUGGUAUAGUGUUCCCUGGCCAUCACCACAGAUACUGUUGGAGACAUUUAUACAAAAAUUUCAAGAAGGAUUACAAGGGUCUUGAAUUAUACAGUUCUUUAUGGAAUGCAGCAAAAGCAUACAAAGAAAAGCAUUUUCAGGAACAUUUUGACAAUAUUGUGAAACAGAGUGCUGCAGCUGGUGCUUAUCUCAGUAGAGAAGAUCCUGCUACAUGCAAUGAAGACUUCAUCUGAGACCCAUUUAAAACCGUCACAAUCUGUACAAGUGAGGUUUGAUUUUGCAGUGGGCAGUUUUUGAAGCAAUGACCAGAUUCUCCGCAAGCGUAACAACC